AUGGCCACUGCAGCAAGGAGUCCAAGCGAGAAGAGGCCUGGGGGGAAGGCCAUGCCCGGACGCUUCCUCUCCCAGUUGGCAGCCGCACUGGACAAUCCGACCAUCAAGGCGCUGGAGUGGGACGAGGACGGGCAAGGAGUGGUCGUGAACGCCAAGCUGUACGACGAAGAGGGUCAGAAGCACAAAGAGCUCUUUCCGGAGCUGAAACCCCUGCGAUCAGUCUCCGUGCUCCAGGCGUGGCUGCUGACCUCCGGCUUUAAAGCAAAGGCAGCAAAGGCUGAUUCUGCAGUCCACGUUUUCCAGCAUGCCGACUUCAGGAAGCUGCCUCCCAAGGCGGGGGAGGUGGACAACCCCCUCGCUACCAGGCAGCACAAGAAAGCCAAGAAAAGGAAAAGCUCGUCAGACCUCGCAGCCAGCCCGGCAGCGGCUCUGCUCCCGGACACACUGCGCACGGACAGGAGACCACAGCGCCUGCGACCCUUAUACCAGUACAUAAACUACGACAACCCGGAGCUGAACAGCCCUUCGGAGGACGAGAGCGACACACCAGAGACAGCUGCACUGGGGGAGGCCGCUGGAGCCCCAGACAAGGCAAACACGGAGGAGUCAGAGGGGUCUCACCAAGCAGGAACGAAAAGCGAUAAUCCAGAAAGUUGCUCCCCAGGAACUCCACCCCAGGCAGAGGUCGACAAGUCAACCCAAGUCGACAUCGACAAGAUGCUGAGUGUCUGUGCAGCUCCCCUGGUGCCACCACUCUCACCGCAGUAUAAAUAA